UUGGCUGCAUCAGUUAACAUCAGUAGUACUCUUCAUAAACCUAAGGCAACUGUUUGUUUGAAGGGAAUACGGGGUGUUUCACUUAAGAACCUACUCGAUCCUCAGAAACGACUUGUUCGGCACAGGCUUUUCCGUGAGCAUUGUGUUUGCGUGUAUGGAAAUUACAUCAAGGACUUGUCAAUCCUUGGAAGGGACCUUUCACGAACUGUUAUUAUCGACAACGCACCACAAUCGUUUGCAUACCAGAUUGACAAUGGAAUACCAAUUGAAAGCUGGUUUCAUGAAAAAGAUGAUACGGAGCUCUUGAAGUUGCUACCAUUUUUGGAAAGUCUUCCCAAAGAGAAACGAGAUGUUCGCGAAAUUUUGCGAGAAAGGUAUCGUAUCAGGGAAAUGCUGCCACCUCCAUCAUGCCCAACUGUCCCACCCGCAGAACCAUUAUGCUCCGGAUGAUG